UAUUAAGUGUCAAUUUCCUUUUUUGCUCACCUCUUGUCAAGUGAGCACGUGGAAAACCUUUUAAAAGUUUUAUUUAAUAACAAAAUAAAAUAAAUUAAUUGAAUACCAAAUAAAAUAAACUAAAAACAUCCAAAAUGUCUAUGUAUAAUUUCAAAAAGAUAGCUGUAGUUCCUACAGCAAAGGACUUCAUAGAUAUAAUAUUAUCUAAAACACAACGUAAAACCCCUACUGUUGUCCACAAGCAAUACAAAAUCACAAGGAUCAGAGCGUUUUAUAUGAGAAAAGUGAAAUUCUCUCAACAGAGUUUUCAUGAUAGAUUAACCCAAAUUUUGACUGAGUUCCCCAAAUUAGAUGAUGUGCAUCCAUUUUAUGCUGAUCUUAUGAAUGUACUUUAUGACAAGGACCAUUACAAAUUAGCUCUGGGUCAAAUAAACACUGCAAGACACUUAAUUGAUAAUGUUUCUAAAGAUUACGUUAGAUUACUAAAAUAUGGAGACUCACUGUAUAGAUGCAAACAACUGAAAAGGGCAGCAUUAGGUCGUAUGGCGACUAUAAUGAAGAGACAGGGUUCAAAUUUGACAUAUUUAGAGCAAGUCAGGCAACAUUUAGCUAGGUUACCUUCAAUUGAUCCUUAUACAAGAACGAUUAUUAUUUGUGGUUUUCCAAAUGUUGGCAAAUCUUCAUUUAUUAAUAAAAUUACUAGAGCAGAUGUUGAAGUCCAGCCUUAUGCUUUCACAACAAAAUCAUUAUACAUUGGUCACACUGAUUACAAAUACUUACGUUGGCAAGUGAUUGAUACUCCUGGUAUUCUUGACCACUCUUUAGAAGAACGCAAUGUUAUUGAAAUGCAAGCUGUAACAGCUCUUGCCCAUCUCAGAGCUUGUAUUUUAUACUUUUUAGAUCUUUCUGAACAAUGUGGACAUGGUCUGGAUGAACAGGUAAAACUUUUUGAAUCGAUUAAACCAUUAUUUGCAAAUAAACCCCUUAUUAUUGUUGCUAAUAAAUGUGAUAUCAUCAAACUAAACGAGCUGUCCGAAGAGAAAAGGGCAUCUCUCAAGUCUUUAGAAGAGGAUAAAGAAAUAACAAUGCUUGAAAUGUCAGCCCUUGACGAUACUGGAGUUAUGGAAGUUAAAACUGAAGCUUGCGAAAAAUUGUUGAGUUUCAGAGUUGAUCAAAAAAUGAGAACUAAAAAAGUAGAUGGCGUAUUAAAUAGGCUCCACGUAGCUGUUCCAAAGCAAAGAGAUGAAAUAGUUCGCCCUCCUUGUAUACCCGAAAGUGUACUGGCUAAAAGAGCAAACAAAAAACGCAAACUUGAAAGAGAAAUAGAAUUAGAAGAAGGCGAUGACUACGUAUUGGAUCUUAAAAAACAUUAUGUUGAUAUUCCAGAAGAAGAAAGACACGAUAUCAUUCCAGAAAUUUGGGAAGGCCAUAAUAUCGCUGAUUAUAUAGAUCCGGAGAUAUUCGAGAAAUUAGCCGAAUUAGAAAAGGACGAGGAAAUAAGGGAAGAAACGGGAAUGUAUGUUGUACCUAAAAUGGAACUCGACGAAACGAUGCAGGAGAUCAAAAAAUUGGCGCUUCAAAUCAGACACAAGAAGGCUAUAAUGAAGGAUGAAGCCAGAAUUAAUAAACAAAGUAGGAAACCUGUUAUGCCAAGGACCGCAGGUGCUAAGGUAUUUAUUUGUUUUAUCAUAAAAAAAUUAUUUUUAUGAAAGUGUAAGUAACUUUUAACAAGGUUUCCAUUGUUUUGAAAACAAAUUCCAUUUUUGAUGAAUUUUUUGUCUUUAUUUCAGUGAUUUCUUGAUCAAUCUUAUCAAAUAUUGCAUGAAUUAUUAACAAAUAUUGUUUGACUGACUGAACUGAGUGACUGACUGAACGACUGACUGAAUUGACUGAACUGACUGAACUGACUGAACUUACUGAACUGACUAACUGAUUGACUGAACCUACCAAUGUAUAGCAAAAACUACUAUCUUUAGAAAGCUGAAAUUUGAAACUUAGUUAUUUUAUAACGUUACCAUCUACUAAGAAAGGAUUUUCGAAAAUAUUAACUUUAAAGAGGGGAAAUGGGGGAAAGUUUUGUAUGAAAUCUUUGUUCUUUGAAGUUAGAAACAUGAAAAUUUGAAAUACAGCUACUGAACUGAAAUAAAUAAUGACGUGUUUCAGAGAUUUUCAAUUUUCACGUUUUAAAGGGGGGAACCGGGGGGGCUGAAAGUUUGUAUGGAAAAGUAGAAACUUGCAAAUUGGAAUGUAAAUUAAUAAUGACAAAUCUCAGGGUUUUGGAUUUUCACAUUUUUAGUAAAUAUUGACGCAUUUCAGUGUAGUGGAUUUUCACAUUGUAAAGGGGUG